GUGGUUCCUGAAAGACAAAGUUCUAAAUGUUGGGGCGUCGGACAAAACAAAAAGAAUUACAACAGUAAACGACUCCAAAAAGACAGUACGUACAUUAAAUGUGAGAUAUUGACUUUACAACACGAGGUGAAUCUUGUCAUUGAUUUCUUUGUAAAGAAAAAAUGUCACAGUUUGUUGGAAAAUGGAAGGUUGAGAGUGAAGAAAACUUGGAUGAACUUUUCAAAGCUUGUGGGGUUGAUGAAGAAAUGCGGGCAAAAGCAAGAGAAGGUCUAAUUCAACCGAUACAAGAAAUCAGCACUGUGGAAGAUGGCUACGUUAUAAAGACAACAGUUGGUCACCUGUCUACUGAAGUUCGCUUCAAACUUGGAAUAUCAUUUCCAAGUUCCUCAAUGGACGGCAAGAAGAUAAUGGUAACAUACAGAAUGGACGGAGAUGCACUAGAGGAAAUUCAGCAAUACAGUGACUACGAGGCGCUGAUCUCGCGAGAAGUCAAAGGCAACGAACUGGUGUCUACUAUUACUGGAAAAGGAAAGAAAGCCAUCAUCCGGUACAGAAAACUUUAGCUGUAAAGAAGCAUUAACUAAAUUUACCCAGAUUCACUCUUCUCGGAAAAACUGAAGUUAUGCCAGCUAGUUUGCAACACUUACACAUACAUUGUGAAUUAGUUGCGUAGUACUAUGUUUCAAAAUUGCAUUUGAUAUUAUCAUUCUUUCACAUUUUUGAACUUGGUUCGAUAAAAUGAAAAAAGAAAAUGGAUUUACACGUGUAAUAUUCGCAUUGUCUCUGUAGAACCAUAGCUCUUUUAAGGUGGCUUCCUUCACCGUGAAAUAUUUUCUCAAAUCAGCAGAAAUUUACUUGAUUAUGAUAUAUAUUAUAAUGGAUAAGAAGUAUUUAAGUCAUAUGCAAAAAAAAAAAACAAAUAAUAAAAUGUGCAAUUUUGGAUGAAAA